AUGGAUUGGCCGGAAAUUGUAGAACUGCACGAGCCGGAAAUGCCUUCGGUUGGUUCGUUGGCUUUGAUCGGUAAGGAAUGGUAUGAUAAUAGACGUCAACCAUUACCAAAGCAUGAUCCCCAUACAGAUGAAGCAAACGUGAAUUCCUCAAAAUCAUCUUUGGACACUGAUGUUGCUGGUACUAAUAAUCCACCACAAGGAGAAAAUGUUCAAAUGCAAAAUAUUCAUACUUUUGCUGCUAGUUCAUCUCAAUCUCAUUUGCCAACUCAACAACCUCAAACACAAUUUCAACAGCCUCAAACACCAAUUCAACAACCUCAAACACCAAUUCAACAACCUCAAACACCAAUUCAACAACCCCAAGCACAAUUUCAACAGCCUCAAGCACAAUUUCAACAGCCUCAAGCACCAAUUCAACAACCUCAAACACAAUUUCAGCAGCCUCAAGUACCAAUUCAACAACCUCAAACACAAUUUCAACAGCCUCAAGCACCAUAUCCACAAACUCAAGGACCAUAUCCACAAACUCAAGGACCAUAUCCACAAACUCAAGGACCAUAUCCACAAACUCAAGGACCGUACCCACAAACUCAAGGACCAUAUCCACAAACUCAAGGACCGUACCCACAAACUCAACCAUCAUUUCAACAACCUCAAGUUUCUCCGGUUCCAGCAAAUCCUCAAGCAACGCCUAGUCCCAACAUCGAAUUCCCACAACCUCAAUUUUUUCCACAGUAA